UCAGACGUGUUUUUCAGUGAACAGGACUGGACUGUGGUUCUCGCUGACUGGGUCAUUUAGCAAUUCUCUCUUUUUCUGUCUCCUCCUUUUUCUGUUGUUCCGAGUUAAACUUGCUAUCAUUAAUGCCCGAAAGAUCGGCGUCAUCAUCGUCACCAACAUAACUCUAACAAUAACUUCAGCGCACAUAGGAGCUCUGAGCGUGUGAUCGGUUGAGUUUGUGCAUCCAGCUAUCUGUCAGACCACAGACUGCUUCUACAUCUCUUUGCAUGGACAAAUAUAAGAUCAUGGAGUCUUUUGGGAUAGAGAUGAUUUUUCUGAUUUUUUUUGGCCAAUGGACAAGUUGUGCAUGUGCAGGUACUCACUGGACCUACACCGGUUCUGUAGGUCAAUCCCACUGGUCAGAAUACUUCCCUGAAUGUGGGGGAACUAAGCAAUCUCCCAUCGACGUGAAAACCAGCCAGGCCAAGUACGACCCGUCCCUGCCCCCUGUGAGACCCCUAGGCUACAGGCAGCUGGGACAAGAGCCUUUCACUCUCACCAACAAUGGGCACACAGUGGAGAUGUCACUGCCGGGGUGGAUGGGGCUGGGAGGCCUGCCCUGGCAGUUUACCGCGGUGCAGCUGCACCUUCACUGGGGCAGCCGCGGGGGCCUGGGAGGCGGUAGUGAGCACACCAUCGACGGACACGGCUACGCAGCUGAGCUCCAUGUGGUCCACUAUAACUCAGAGAUCUACAGCAACAUAUCCACAGCCAUGAGGCAGAGAGAGGGACUGGCUGUCCUAGGAGUGCUGAUUGAGACAGGUGAAGAUACAAACCCCGCCUACCAGAACAUCAUCAAUCAUCUGGAGAACAUCAAACAUGCAGGCCAGAGGACCUCCAUCCCGGCCUUCGAUGUCCAGUCUCUGCUCCCACUCAGUCUGGAGCGCUACUUCCGCUACAACGGCUCCCUGACCACUCCCCCCUGCUACCAGAGCGUGCUGUGGACCGUGUUCGCCGAGAGAGUCUCCGUGUCUCACGUGCAGCUGAGGAAGCUGGAAACCGCCCUGUUCUCUGGUCACGCUGAAGAGUCACAAUCUCUCCCACUUCAGGACAACUACCGCAACCCACAGCCCCUAAAUCGCAGGACGGUCCUGGCCUCCUUCCCCUCAGAUACUGUCACAACGUAUUCUGUUGGAGAGGUGUGUGCCAUGGUGAUUGGAACAUUGUGCGGUUGCGUAGGUCUUGCAGUGAUCAUACACUUUGUUAUAAAAACCAUACGCUCCACCUCUAGUUGGGAUGUCCUGCCCAGCGUGAGACCGACAUCUUUGCCCAGAUCCAAAGAAACUGAAAAGGAGCCAAAACAGGAUGUGGUCUUCAAAACGACCUCUGACCCAGAAAAGGAAGAGGCAGCCCCUCAGCCUGAACCUUGACCCCUCACUGAUCCCCAAGAAGCUCAGUAUCUACUUCCUGGUUGAGUGCAUGGACUUUUUGCAUGAUCAGAUCUCUGUUCAUCUAUCUCGUAUCACUGAAUCACUGCUGGAUCACCUUCUCAAGGUUAAGCCCAUCCUCCUCCCUUCCCCCGCCUGUUUAUUUACUCUGUUUGCCCACUCCUCGAUUGACCUUUCCUAAGCCCCUCCCACUCUAGCAACCGCCCUCAAAACAUUCCUUCAAGAUGGCUAAAUGAGUAUAUGAAAUCUGUCCUUUAACUGACCCGCUAUCUGUAAACAGAAUUGGGUCUCUUUGGAGAUGUUGUCGGUGAUUCAGUUGGUGAUGAGGUUUCCCACAUAACAUUAGUCUAGCCGAAUCCACUCGGGAUAACAUGUGUUACUAUUCUAGUCCCUCAGGCACAUCAAUUCACCGUUUGGAAUGAUACAAAUCUGUUUGCUUAUCUCUAUAAUUGCAAUUCAUCAACGAGAUGGGCGCCAAACUGUACUGAAGUUGUGGGCUCGCAAAGAUGCUGUGAUUGGACAUUCAGUGGCAAAGGGGCGGGGCUUAAGAUUGCUCAAUUGGGUGUGCCCCUCCCCCACCUAUUUUCAAUAGUAGGCAUGCAUUGCUAGUAUCAAGUAUCAAGGGUAGGAUGGGAGGUGUUUGUGUGUGUCUGUGUGUGGGCGCAUGUGUCUAUUUGAGCUGAAUUGUAUAUAUUAUAUAUUUGCAUCAUAAUAAACAAGUUCUUUGACUUCA